ACACACAGUCUGUGUCAAUAUCCAGCAUUUACAAUUUCCUGCUUCAAAAUGGCGUCAAAGAAAGUGUUGAUUGUGUAUGCACACCAGAGCUCUGGCUCGUUCAACUCUGCAGCCAAAGACGCUGCGGUGGAAGUUUUAACUGCUAAGGGCUGCACAGUAGAAGUAUCUGACCUGUAUGCCAUGAAGUUUAAGGCCACUGCUACAGCUGAGGACAUCACUGGAAAAGUUAAGAAUGUAGAUCACUUCUGUUACGGAGAGGAGACCAAACUGGCAUGGGAGGCGGGAAAGCUUACUGCUGAUAUCACUGAAGAACAACGCAAACUCACUGAGGCAGACCUCGUCAUUUUUCAGUUCCCCAUGUACUGGUUCACUGUUCCUGCCAUCAUGAAGGGCUGGAUGGACCGGGUGCUCACACUGGGCUUUGCCUUCACCCACGAGAAGCGCUACAGCCAGGGAAUCUUCAAGGACAAGAAGGCCAUGCUCUCCUUCACCACUGGGUCUCAGGAGUCCAUGUUCAGUGCAAAUGGCAUCAAUGGAGACAUGAAUGUCACUCUUUGGCCACUGCAGAAUGGCAUCCUGCACUACUGUGGCUUCCAGGUUCUGGCUCCUCAGAUCUUUUGGGCCCCGUCUCACGUUCCCUCUGAGGCACGCGGUACUAUGCUGGAGGGCUGGCGCACGCGCAUGCAAGGCCUCCUGGGAGAAAACCCACUUGCUUUCACUCCCUUGGACUGCUUUGAUGGGGAGAAGGGUUACCAGCUGAAGCCUGAGGUCCAUGAGAAACAUGCCGCCAAGGAGUUUGGACUGACCGUGGGGACCCACCUGGGCAAGGCCCUGCCACCCAACAACCAGAUGAAAGCUGGAGUCUGAAGAAUGAAUGACUGUUGUUGGUUUUUUUAUGAUGAUAAUAAAAGCUGGUUAAUAUG